UUCUUACACCUCUUAAAUCUUGAGAGAGAAUAGCACAAUUCACAAGUUGAAGGUUCUGUAAUCCCAAAACCCUAAAAAGAAAACCCAAGAAAACGUUCUACAAUCGGAGAAGAAGCCAUGUUUCCCGGAUUCAUGCGAAAGCCGGACAAGACUGCGGCAUUGAAGGAGCUCAAAACUCACGUCGCCAUGUUCGGAACAUGGGUCGUCGUUGUUCGUCUCACCCCUUACAUUCUUCACUUCCUCAAUCGCGAAAGCGACGAACUCAAGCUCGAGCUUUAGAUUCACAUACUAUGUGGUAUUGAGGAGGAUACUUGCUUGACUUCGGAGGAAUUUCAUCAAAUAAUGUUUUUAUGUGAUCCUGAAAAUUGUGUGGACGUGAUACAUUGUUAGUAUAAUAGACGGUGCCGUUUAUAUUUUUUUUUACAAUGACAAGCUUAUGAGGAAUUUUUUACAAUGAUUGAUUCAGUCCA